GCAAGGAGCGAUUUGCUGGUGUGGACAUCCAUGUCCAUGUGAAGGGUCUCCGACACCGCCACCAUGCCGUUUGGUAACACCCACAACAAGUUCAAGCUGAAUUACAAGCCUGAGGAGGAGUACCCCGACCUCAGCAAACAUAACAACCACAUGGCCAAGGUACUGACGCUUGAACUCUACAAGAAGCUGCGGGACAAGGAGACCCCAUCUGGCUUCACCUUAGAUGAUGUCAUCCAGACAGGAGUGGACAACCCAGGUCACCCCUUCAUCAUGACUGUGGGCUGCGUGGCUGGUGAUGAGGAGUCCUAUGAAGUUUUCAAGGAACUCUUCGACCCCAUCAUCUCGGAUCGCCACGGGGGCUACAAACCCACUGACAAGCACAAGACUGACCUCAACCAUGAAAACCUCAAGGGUGGAGAGGACCUGGACCCCAACUACGUGCUCAGCAGCCGCGUCCGCACUGGCCGCAGCAUCAAGGGCUACACGCUGCCCCCGCACUGCUCCCGCGGCGAGCGCCGGGCGGUGGAGAAGCUCUCAGUGGAAGCUCUCAACAGCCUGACGGGCGAGUUCAAAGGGAAGUACUACCCUCUGAAAAGCAUGACGGAGAAGGAGCAGCAGCAGCUCAUCGAUGACCACUUCCUGUUCGACAAGCCCGUGUCCCCACUGCUGCUGGCCUCAGGCAUGGCCCGCGACUGGCCCGAUGCCCGUGGCAUCUGGCACAAUGACAACAAGAGCUUCCUGGUGUGGGUGAACGAGGAGGAUCACCUCCGGGUCAUCUCCAUGGAGAAGGGGGGCAACAUGAAGGAGGUUUUCCGCCGCUUCUGCGUGGGGCUGCAGAAGAUCGAAGAGAUCUUUAAGAAAGCCGGCCACCCCUUCAUGUGGAACCAGCACCUGGGCUACGUGCUCACCUGCCCAUCCAACCUGGGCACUGGGCUGCGUGGAGGCGUGCAUGUGAAGCUGGCGCACCUGAGCAAGCACCCCAAGUUCGAGGAGAUCCUCACCCGCCUGCGCCUGCAGAAGAGGGGUACAGGUGGCGUGGACACAGCUGCCGUGGGCUCAGUAUUUGACGUGUCCAAUGCUGAUCGGCUGGGCUCGUCCGAAGUAGAACAGGUGCAGCUGGUGGUGGAUGGUGUGAAGCUCAUGGUGGAAAUGGAGAAGAAGUUGGAGAAAGGCCAGUCCAUUGACGACAUGAUCCCCGCCCAGAAGUAGGCGCCUGCCCACCUGCCACCGACUGCUGGAACCCAGCCAAUGGGAGGGCCUGGCCCACCAGAUGCCCGCCCCCUCACUCCUUGCCCCGCCCCCUGUCCCGGAGUCCCACCCUGUGAUGGUUCUGUCUCCUGGGGGCUCUCUUCAUCCUUCUCAGAGUUCCAGUUUCAACCACGGUUCCAACCAAUGGGCUCCAUCCUCUGGAUUCUGGCCAAUGAAAUAUCUCCCUGGCAGGGUACUCUUCUCUUCCUAGAGCUCCGCCCCCACCAGAAGUUAAUGGAGAGCUCCCAGUACACUCGGAGCUUGUGUUUGUCUCCAGGCGAAGCGAUAAAUAAAAGCAAUGGUGGCCUUAGC